UGGUGCUACUUUUGAUGUCCCCUCAGGAAUCGAUCGUGUAUAAAUCACUGAUGUAAUAAGAUUCGCCCAUGAUAUUACUGGAAUUAGGCUAUGAUGUACCGGAAAGGGCUUUGUUCCAAUACAUUACGUGAGUCGACAGGUAACAGUACGCAUUCUGUUCACAACAGCAAAGGUAUUUUAAACUUAAGUAGGCGCCAGUGUCAGUUCAAGUCCACGAAAGUUCAAGCAGCGUUUGCCUUCGUGUCCAUAAUGUUCUUUAACUUAUUUGCAUUAAUUCGCACUUAUUUCACAUUACACAAGUCACUAUAAGCACGUUUUCAUUCAUAGCGAACGAGAUUAAUAUCAAUAUGACAUUGAAAGACCAAUAGCCUACUAGACUAUUGGACAGGAGGUUUGGGCACACGCAGGGCGCAGGUGUUUGGUUUUAGGCUGUUUUGAGUGGUGAUACAUAUCCGCAGUUAGAGGUAGGCCUAUACACUAUGAAAUGUAGUGAUGUGUGGUGAUAUAUAUUUCAUCCGUUUUUUCCCCAUCCGGAACUGAGCUUUAUUUCCUGACCGCAUCGUCGGACAUCGCAGAUUCGCGUGUCUGGAAAACUUUACGUUAACUCUAGGCAUGGGUGAAGGGAUGCCUAGAAUGUUCUGCAAAUCCCAACUUUUUUCAUGCAACAUUUUUGUGCGUAGCAGCGUUUUAUAAAUAAGGCCGCCUGAGUCGAAGCUGACCGCCUUAUCGUAUUAGCGCUGUGACUGUUUUAGCCAGAAAGGAAUCACUUGUGUUGCCUCUACUGUUGUGUGCCUCGUCCUGCAACGGUUGUAACAUAAACACCAUGUUCACUGAGAUACUGGUGGCUCUAAUCUUGGGUAUUGUAGUCUAUCUUGUGCUGCUCAAGAGAAAGACAGUGGUACUGAAGACAGAAGAUGGCUGGUGGGGUGUUGGAGAGGAACCUCAGGAGACCGAGGAUGACAGCAUUGGCACCUUCAUGGUAGAAACAUCUCAAGAAGAGAUUCAGGACCUACACAGGAGAAUAGAUCAAACUCGGCCGUUUCCUUCCUUGGAGAACAGCCACUUUAAUUAUGGCUUUAACUCCAAAGUCCUGCAGAAAGUUGUAACAUACUGGAGAAAUGUCUUUGACUGGAAGAAGCAAGUCGACAAAUUAAACAAAUAUCCACAUUUUAAAACAAAAAUUGAAGGUAUCAGUGUCCACUAUGUCCAUGUGAAACCCAAGAGAAAGAGCAAGUGUGUUCCCCUGAUCAUGGUCCAUGGUUGGCCCGGCUCCUUCUACGAGUUCUAUGGGGUUCUGCCUCUUCUCACUGAGCCUGCCGACCCUGAUGACGUGGCCUUUGAGGUGAUCUGCCCAUCCAUCCCAGGCUAUGGCUUUUCAGAGGCACCACAUAAAACAGGGUUUGAUUCUGUUUGUGCAGCCAGAAUCUUCCACAAGCUGAUGAAGAGGCUAGGUUUCAGUGAGUUCUACGCUCAUGGUGGAGACUGGGGCUGGCUCAUCACUACAAACAUGGCGCAGCUGAAUCCCAAAGCAGUCAGAGGCCUUCACAUUAAUUUCGCACCUCCUGCUAAGCCUGGUCUUCCUAUGAUCCUGUCUUUGAUGCUGGGUUGGCGAUUCCCUAAGUUAUUUGGCUUCACUGACCAUGAUGUGAAACGGCUCUACCCCUGCUUGGAGAAGUUGGUUGUGGAGCCAGUGAAGGAGACGGGAUACAUGCAUAUUCAGUCUACCAAGCCAGAUACUGCAGGACGGGCAUUAAAUGAUUCACCUGUCGGUUUAGCUGCAUACAUACUAGAGAAGUUUUCCACAUGGACAGAUGAUAAAUUCAGGGACCUUGAGGAUGGAGGACUGGAAAGGAAAUUCUCCUUGGAUGACCUCUUAACAAACGUGAUGAUCUAUUGGACGACUGAGUCGAUUAUUUCAUCAAUGCGGUUCUACAAAGAGAAUUUUGGCCAGGGGUUGAACCAGCCACAUGCAAGCAUUCCAGUCUAUGUGCCCACUGCCCUGGCCUCUUUUCCCAACGAGCUGAUGCACACUCCUAAACUUUGGGCAAAGCAGAAGUAUCACAAGCUAGUGGCCUACACACCAAUGGCUCGUGGCGGCCACUUUGCUGCUAUGGAGGAGCCAGAGCUUAUGGCGCAGGACAUUCAACGCUUCAUUAAGAUCCUGGAGAAGAAGUAAAUAAUGAUGUCCUUCAGCAGGACAUUCAACGCUUCAUUAAGAUCCUGGAGAAGAAGAAAAUAAUGAUGUCCUUCAGCAUCCUACAAAUCAACUUCAUUUAGUCAGUGAAGUGAAAUAGAGCCGGAGAUAAGCCUUUAGCAAGAGGGAGACGCCGUGUUCUGCGUUGUACUUCUGGAUGGUUUGAAUAGACUUACAUUUUUUCCGUGUUUAAGGAUGAGUUGAUAAUCUGAGACAUAUUCAUAGCAUAGUCAGUUUUUUAAGAGGAUGCUAAAAGACUAAUGGAUUAUUGAAUUAUUAAUUAUUAAUAUUUUACUAUUUAAAAUUCAUAUACCACAGUCAUUUAACAUAUUUGACCAGUAGUAGGAGUUAUAUAAGUUAUGUUAUUUGCUGAUGAAUCAUUCCAAAUCUGUAUUGUUUGUAUUUUAGUCACUAAAUGUUUUUAGUUUAAUAAAUGAACAAAUUUCA